UAAUAAGAAAAAUAGUUCAUUCUCUCACGCAUAGGGUCGCAUCGGGUGCUUGUAAGCGAUGAUGUGACCCAUUGGAUCUUACGCGCUAGUAGCAGUAGUUAUUACAUGAGCAGAGUCCACAGGCUCUUCUUGACGGGCAAUGUGGAUGGGCCGCGUAUUAUUACGUGAUCAGAUUAUGAGUCGAGGGUAAGUAUGGGUCAGCUCGGACACAGAUCAAACCAUUAUGACCAUUCCUGGGAGGUUUCCAAUUUAGCCAUCUAACCCUUUAAAAAAUAAAGAGGGAGAGAGAAACUGUCGAGGAAGACAAAAGCAAACAAACAAAGAAAAUAAGAAGAGAUUCUUCUCUAAAACCGUGGCGUGCACCAAAAGGCAGAGAAGAAGAGAAAAAAAGUCCAAUGGUGACCGCUGCCAGGGGAGAAGCAACGAACAGCAGACAGAGCCUCCUCUACAGUCAAUUUUCGAGACGACCCAUGAAUUCUUUAAACAUACAUUUCCACGAAAUCUUGUCCACCAAGAAAUUUGACAAUCAAGGCAGAGCCCUUUUGUUCUGCUUCAACAAACCUCCAACUCAACCCAUUUGGUAGUCUUUAUUAUGGCUGAAGAGAUGAGGGGUCGUUUUCUCAAUAAAAUAAGCUGCUUUUCUGACGAAGGAUAACCUUUGACUACUUGUCCCUGCACCCUCCAUUUUUAAUGCCCUGCUAUUCUUGAUCUCUGCUCAACUGGGUUUCGAUUUAUAGUGCAGACUGGGGCCAUUGUGCUGUCUACAUUGUUGGGUACUCGAGAUUCUCUCCCUCUUGCUGUUCUUUCAUGCUUGAUUUGCCACGUUUCAUAUGAGCUCUGAGCUUUCUUGAAUCAGCUGAACCGACUGAGCUGCUUAGGAACUGCCGAGGAACAAGAAAGGCAUCACCUUUGAUUAGCUCAAACUGUCCCUUCCCUGUUGGGUGUUUAGAUUAUAAUUCAAAAUGGAGGGCAAGUUUGCAAUCAAGAAAGAUGUAACCGAGUUGAUUGGUAACACUCCGAUGGUAUACCUGAACAAUGUAGUGGAUGGCUGCGUAGCUCGAAUCGCUGCAAAGCUAGAAUCGAUGGAGCCAUGCUCUAGCGUGAAAGACAGGAUUGCGUAUAGUAUGAUCAAGGACGCAGAAGAGAAAGGGCUAAUUACUCCAGGGAAGACAGUCCUCGUGGAGCCUACCAGCGGUAACACAGGCAUUGGGUUAGCAUUUGUUGCAGCAGUUAAAGGCUACAGACUUAUCAUCACAAUGCCCUCUAUAGUCAGCCUCGAGCGAAGAAUUGUGAUCCGAGCUUUCGGAGCUGAGCUGCAUAUCACUGACCCCACCAAGGGAUUUAAGGGGGUCCUCAACAAGGCCGAGGAGAUAAUGAGCAGCACUCCGAGCAGUUACAUGCUCAAUCAGUUCGAGAAUCCUGCCAACCCAAAGAUUCACUAUGAAACCACGGGGCCAGAAAUAUGGAGGGAUACAGAAGGGAAGGUCGAUUCUCUAGUUUCGGGGAUAGGGACGGGAGGGACGGUGACUGGUGCUGGCUCAUUCCUCAAAGAGAAAAACCCGGAUAUAAAGGUGUAUGGGGUAGAGCCAGUCGAAAGUGCAGUCUUAAGUGGAGGACCACCUGGUAAGCAUCUGAUUCAGGGAAUUGGUGCUGGAUUCAUUCCCGCAGUUCUUAAUGUCAACCUGGUCGAUGAAGUAAUUCAAGUUUCGAGUGAGGAGGCCAUUGAAACUGCAAGACUGCUUGCCCUGAAAGAAGGUUUACUGGUUGGGAUAUCUUCAGGCGCUGCUGCUGCAGCUGCGAUAAAAUUGGCUAAGAGGCUGGAAAACGAAGGAAAACUGAUUGUUGUGAUCUUCCCGAGCUUUGGAGAGCGUUAUCUGUCCUCCGCGCUAUUCGAUUCUAUCAGGACCGACGCCCAGAGCAUGACCUUCGACUGAGUUGAGUGCUGAGACUCGAGAAGUCUGUGUGUUUCUGUACCUCCCAUUGAAAUGAUGGAGUAGUCUACAUAUUUGAUGUUCACUUUUUUUUUUUUUUAUAAAUGGUAGAGACUUUCAUUAAAUAAAAUAAAUUUAUAUUAAGAGGCCAUUUAUCCAACAAAAUUACCAAUAGAACUACCAACAAAACUACCAAAUAACAUCAGUUAGCUAUGAGCUAUAUCAGGAGGGUUAAACAUAUGAUUGACUAAGGUAGCAUUUACAAUUUUGUGAGAGAGUCGGGAGUAAAUACAAAGCUUUGCUUUCACAUUUGCAAAAAUAUUUCGAACUAUAGUCUCUAGAGAUAAGCUUUGCCUUUGAUAAAUCCUUGCGUUCCUCUCACGCCAUAUAUAGUAUAUGUAGUGAGUCCAUAGAAGUUUCAAACAGAUUACAUCGAGCUUCUUGCCCCGAAGAGAAGAAAUCCAACAGAAUUUCGUAUUCCAACUCACCAAAGUACGGUGCAAGCCAACUCGAGCCAACAAACUUCUCCAAAUUUCCCAUGUGAUUGAACAUUCAAAUAAGAGAUGGCGCGAGUUUCCCACUGUGUGUUGUAGAAUUCGCAAUUAGCUGACGCAAUCUGAAUCCCAAUGUUGAUAGUCGGUCCUUAGUAGCUAAUCUAUUAUGUACAC